AUUGACUGCUCUAUUUAUGACACGUGGAGGGGAUUGUGGGACCUGGCGAGGCUGUACGGGUUCUUGGUACUUAGGUGAGUGUAGGAUAUUUUCACCCUUUGAUGGAUUUUGUAGUUUGUGCCUGUGCACACAGACGUACGAAACCACCCUUUACCAUUGUAUUUCAACUUUAUCGAAUACCAUUAGCGUGCCAGAAUCAUAAGAACAUGUGUAGCGAAACGCUUAACCUAACUCUUACCCUAUUUGAAUUUUUUUGAUGUCAUGUCAAUUAUAUAAUGUGGCUACUCAAACAAUGGUGUUUGAUAAAAGACAAAACGUUUGCUUGUUGUAGCUAGCUUUUUUGGUUUUGUCUCCAUGUAUUACAAUAAAAGUUUUUUUAAACGACUUGAUGAAAUAUAUAAUACUUGAGAGAUCACACCAGUAUUAGUAUAACAUAAACUAUAUAGAACGUCAUAAGUCUUUAUCCGCAUCUAUAUAUAAUCGUAGGACUAAGCUUUCUAGUUAUCUCAAUAGUGUUUUCUAACAUGUUCAUAAUCUCUCUAUCAGCGAUUGAUUUGAGAUAAUAUCUUUAUUGUUGUGGCAAUAAUUAGUUAUCACUUAUCACUACGACAGUAUUAUUAUCACUCAGUUCAUGUUCAUAUACCAUGUCUAGUGUACUUGACCACUUGGGAAAAAUGAUUUUGAUCGAUAUGUGAAUCGUGGAUAUGAUUAAUAUCACAAUCACACUUAAUUACAUUUUCUUUAUCUUUGGGGUUAUCUGUGAAAUCGUGAAGAUCUGAUUCACUAUGGUUACAACUUACAGUUGGCAAAUUUUCCUGUUUGAUAAGAUAAGAUAAGGUUUCUUUUGUCUAGUAUAUGAUGAAAAUAUGGUAUUUUAGUUUUGUCAUUUUGUUUCACAUUGUUAAAGGUAACGUUAUCUUAUAAAAUAGAUGGUUGUUUUACGAAACAUGGAAAAUGGAAACAACUUCACUCAACCUACUUGACUUAGUUAAUGAUACUAAAAUAACUAAUGAUAAGUGAUUAGUUUAUUACUUACGUAUUUUGUAGUUUUUCUUCCCAAAAAAGUAAUAGUAUCCUUAGGAGUAUAGUCAUUGUUUCAUUCCGUCACAUAGAGAUAAAAAAACAUGAAUGGAAGAUGAUACAGCAGUGAUGUUAGUCUUUGUUCACCAUGUCAAAACCAAAGGUGUCGAAACUGAAAGGUAGCUUGCGAAAUGGUGUGGUAAAGAUGAUGAUUUAGCUGGAAGUUGGAUACAGCUUCGAAAACCGACGAGUUCUUAAUUUCUUCAUUUUUGGUGCUGAUGCCAAACCUCAUUGAUCAAUCAAACUAUCCCACUUCUCACAAUCCAUCCUAAUCUCAAAUUAUCUUGUUGGUCACUAAAAUGCAUUGAAAUUGCAGUUUGUCUACUUUUGAGAAAGAAUUUUACAUUUGAUUGGAUGUAAAUAGUAAAUAUCAUGUUUCAGUAGCGAUGAUAUGUAACCGUGUUUGGCAGCAAAAUAAAACAAAAUCCUGAUAUUUUUGGUUAGAAGGUGACUUAAAUUAACAAGUGACUAUACCCUUGAAACCAGAGAGAGAACAAAACGUACUAUUUUAAGGACUAAGUGGCUUAGCGUCAAGCAAAUGUCACAGAGGACUCGUUCAAUGCAUAGUAUUAAGCAAAUCAAGCAACAAACAAAACCAAACCAAACUCAAAACACAGUUUCUAUUUUUAGUAAUCACAACUUCUACACUUCCACCCCAUCACACAUUUUCCACACACUCAACCAAAUAAAAAGCUUUUUUUUUAACUAAAAACUAUAAACAAAAACAAUAAAAAUACCAGAUCUCUUGUUCUUUUUCGUGUAUGAGAAAUCUCACGGCGGAGAUAAUCUGUCUCCGGCCACCAUAAUGUCGACAUAUCCUUCAUCUUUACCGCCACAUUCUCCAUCAGAAAACUACGUCACACCGCCUUUGACGGUCAUCCUCACCGUCAUACUCCUCGUUUUCUUCUUCAUAGGUUUUUUCACGCUUUAUUUCUGCAAGUGUUUUCUCGACGCCAUGAUGCAAGCUUGGCGUCUCCGCCAUGGAGGAGAAGCCGAAGCAACCGAAAAUUCCAUCCAGCCACCAGAAGCUCCCAUGGUUAAUCCCGGCCUCGAACUUCGCAUCAUAAACUCGUUUCCCACUUUUCCUUAUUCCUCCGUUAAAGAUCUCCGGGAAGAGAAAUAUGGCCUCGAAUGCGCUAUAUGUCUACUAGAAUUCGACGGAGAUCAUGUCCUACGUCUCUUGACCACAUGCUACCACGUGUUUCACCAAGAAUGCAUUGAUCUUUGGUUCGAAUCUCACAAAACUUGUCCCGUUUGUCGCCAUGAUCUUGAUCCUCCACCGCCAGAGAACACCACCAUUACGCUGCCUAACGUCGAUGAGAUGAUCAUUGAUGUGAUUCAAGAAAACAGCGACGAUGAUCAGCAUCAUCAGAUAACAACACAGAUUGAUACUUGGCCGUCUUCGGGACAAAACAGUUGCUUAAACAGUGAAAGAUCGAGAAAAGAACAAACUCUGCCGGAUAAAUUCUCGAGAUCACAUUCCACGGGACAUUCAAUAGUGAGAAACAAACCGGAGGAAGAAGAUAGGUAUACAUUGAGAUUACCGGAGCAUGUCAAGAUCAAGGUUACAAGAGGACAUGGCCAAACAGAGAGUUGUGUUACUUUUGGUGAAAUUAUUAGAAACAAAUGUGAUCAUCGCCGGUUUGGUGAAGUCUCCAACCAAACGGUUGUUACACAAUCAGAAAAUUGAAGAACUAAUAGAUACUAUACUCGAUACUUUUCUUUCUUGACAAAAGAGUUCUUUUUAUUUUUUCUUGUUGUUGUAUUGAAUUAUAUACAUCUUUUAGGUAGAAAUUUUAACUUGAGAUGCUAAUUAGUGUUGUUAGUGAUUUUAUAUAUUUUAUUUUCCAGAGUUUUAUUAAUAAAAGCGGACAAUUUAUU